GACUGUAUUUUGCGCAGGAUCAUUUAUUCUCAAAUGUAUUCUUUUUCCUCUAACAUCAUUUUAUCAACAGCAUUCACCUCAUCAAUCCUUAUUUCCUAUUAUUCGCCCCCGGAUUCACCCAUUUUUCACUCAUUAAUUCUCACAAAUUUUGUUUUAAGUUGUGGUUUGACGCUUCCAUCUUGGCCAAAUCAAAAAUUCCUGUUCACCGGAAGGUAUCCAGCUUUAGUCACUAACCUUCCAUCAAACAACAAUUUAGUUGAAAAACUUGAUUUUUCGCCAUCGUCGGUAACGCUACUUUCUCGAAUUCUCAAAACUUCUGGAUAAUAUCAUCAGCACGGCAAUAUGGCUAGCUACAUGCCUUCAACAAGCUACUCACUUCCGGCCGCGCCUUAUGUGCCACCAAUAGUCGCUCCACCUGUUCGACCCGCAUCUAUAGGAUCUACAUCAAGUGAAAGUUCAUGUCCAAAUGCAGGAUCAAGAGCUUUGAGCUACUCUGAUCAAGCAACAGAUAUCGAGGAGGACUCCCGUGCUAAGCCUGUACAGUCUUGCAAUCUCAAAUCAGAGAAAGAUACCAUUAAAGGGGGGGACUCAACAACCGAGCCUCUGCGAAGUUGUAGUCGCAGCGCUGGAAGAAGGGUUAUGAAAAGCUCCAGUUAUCGUAUAGAGACUGAAUAUCUCAAAAGCCCCGCCAUGCAUGCCUCUUUCGGGUUUGAUAACGCUAAUUGUGUCAAAAUCAAACAUCUUCCUGAAAAAAUCAAGGACGGUAUUCGAACACUCUUAGAAAAGGGCUGGGAGCAUGGUAUUCAAAAAGAAGGGAAAUGUGCCAAAACCGAGGAAGGUUAUUAUUUCAAGCUCAAGAGGAGACCAUUUGGUAGCGGAAAUACCUAUGUGGUAACUCGAAUGACACGCAACAUGAUUGCGUAUCUGGCUUCGGAGUGUUGGAAAGUACAACCUGUUCCAUCCCUCUUAAAUCCGUACGAUACUCUAAAUUUUCGAAAGUGUGCAAAACCCCUCCCAAAAUGUUACUGGCUUGCUAUGACUUAUGGACAUGCAGGGAAGUGGCGUCUGAAAGAUCAGUUAUGCGUUCUGGGCGGAGCAGACGAACUCAUUGACACAAUUCGGCUCACCUUGCAAGAAAUGAAUCUUAUCUCCAAGCUGAAGAAGGAGCAUGCCGAUUCUGCGAAAAAUUGGCACCAAUUCUGCAUCAAAGGCUCUUUUCUCGGUUCUGGAGGCCCUGAAAAGAAAAAGACGAUGAUGCUCAGGAUUAUGGAGAGACUUGAUGAACGUGGCUGGGUCUUAUAUGUCGGCUGGCAUCGAAUCUAUCACGAAAAGACAGAUUACGAACAAAAGAUUGGGACUUGGUUGUGUGUUAAGAGCCGUGAAUGGACGCCUACCAACCCGGUGAAAAUUUGCUGGACUGAUUGAUUUGAGUUGAGGUGGAACAUUCAUAAUAAUGAAGGGCUUAGAAACUUAACUGAAGACAUAAAUUGAAACUGUCAACAGAUCAUGAACAUUCUACAUGUGAUCAUUGUUUUAAUAGGAUACCCUUUUGGAUAUUCAUCACGGCGGGUAUUCGUGAAUGUGUGUCAAUACUGCAAUUCCAAACUCCGAGAAAAAUGUCCUGUUCAUAGCA